AUGGGACAAAGCAAAGACAGAAAACUCUGCAGUGAUAAGUACUGCAGUGAUAAGCACUGCAGUGAUAAGUACUGCAGUGAUAAGUACUGCAGUGAUAAGCACUGCAGUGAUAAGUACUGCAGUGAUAAGCACUGCAGUGAUAAGUACUGCAGUGAUAAACACUGCAGUGAUAAGCACUGCAGUGAUAAGCACUGCAGUGAUAAGCACUGCAGUGAUAAGCACUGCAGUGAUAAGCACUGCAGUGAUAAGUACUGCAGUGAUAAGUACUGUAUUGGUAAGUACUGCAGUGAUAAGUACUGCAGUGAUAAGUACUGCAGUGAUAAGUACUGCAGUGAUAAGCACUGCAGUGAUAAGUACUGCAGUGAUAAGUACUGCAGUGAUAAGCACUGCAGUGAUAAGUACUGCAGUGAUAAGCACUGCAGUGAUAAGUACUGCAGUGAUAAGUACUGCAGUGAUAAGCACUGCAGUGAUAAGUACUGCAGUGAUAAGUACUGCAGUGAUAAGUACUGCAGUGAUAAGUACUGCAGUGAUAAGUACUGCAGUGAUAAGUACUGCAGCUAUCAGAUUGUUGAGACCGUGCUAAGAACUAUCAAGAGGAAAAUAAAAAGAUGA